GAAACCUGAGAGGCCCGGCUGGAGCGGUUGGAGCAUGGGGCGGGGGUCAAUGCCCUGAAGCCAACCCCCUCUGACAGCUUCCUCUUUGGCCAAACCCUGAGUGGGCAGCCGAAAGCUGCAGCCACAGCCCAGAGCCCAGGAUGGAGCCCUGGCGGGGGCCUGAGGCUGCCUCCCUCCGCCUGGGCUGGCCGGCCCUGCUGCUGUGGGUCUCGGUCCUGAGCUGUUCCUUCUCCUCGCCAGCUUCUCCCCUGCCUUCUCUGGUGCCCCGAGUCAGAACCAGCUACAAUUUCGGAAGGGCUUUCCUCGGUCUUGAUAAAUGCAAUGCCUGCAUCGGGACAUCUAUUUGCAAGAAGUUCUUUAAAGAAGAAAUAAGGUUUGAUGACUCGCUGGCUUCCCACCUUGGACUUUCUCCCGCCCACUUGCCUUCCUAUGCUGCGAAUUACUCGGAUGAUUCCAAAACCUGGCGCCCUGUGGAGAUCUUCAGGCUGCUCGACAAAUACCAAAACGAGAUCUCAGACAGGAGGAUCUGUGCCUCUGCCUCAGCCCCCAAAACCUGCAGCAUUGAGCGGGUCCUGCGCAAAACAGGGAGAUUCCAGAAAUGGCUGCAGGCCAAGCGCCUAACACCGGACCUGGUGCAGGGCCUGCCCAGCCCCCUCCUGCGUUGCCCGUCGCAGCGACUCCUGGACCGGGUGGUGCGGCGCUACGCCGAGGUGGCCGAUGCCGGCAGCAUCUUCAUGGACCACUUCACCGAGCGCGACAAGCUGCGUCUGCUCUACACGCUGGCUGUCAACACUCACCCCAUCCUCCUACAGAUCUUCCCUGGGGCCGAGGGAUGGCCGCUGCCCAAGUACCUCGGCUCCUGUGGCAGAUUCCUGGUCAGCACCAGCACCAGACCACUGCAGGAAUUCUACGGUGCUCCCCCAGACCAGGCAGCCGACCUCGCCUACCAGCUUCUCAGCAUCCUGGAGUCUCUGAGGAGCAAUGAUUUGAACUACUUCUUCUAUUUCACCCAUGUUGACGCACGCACGUUUGGCAUCUUUAACAACGGGCAUCUGUUCAUCCGGGAUGCCAGCGCACUGGGCGUCAUCGACAAGCAGGAAGGCAACCAAGCCACCGCCAGCGCCGCGGAGAAUAAGGACAUUUUUAGCUGCCUGGUUUCCGGCUGCCAGGCCCAGCUGCCCUCCUGCGACACCGUCCCUGAGAAGCAGAGCCUGGUGCUGGUGUGUCAGCAGCUGCUGCCGCCACUUCUCCAGGGCAGGUUCCCCUCCCCGGUGCAAGAGGAGAUAGACGCUGCCCUCGCUCGGUGUGCAGAGGGCGCCCGGCCUGACCCGGAAGUCCUCAAGGCCGCCAGUCACCUGAAGGAGCUCCUGAGGCCCCUGAGAACCUGUGACCCCAGAUUUGCCUACCGAUACCCAGACUGCAAGUACAACGAGAAGUUCUGAGGAGCUGGGGUCUCGCAGGUCGUGGGGAGCCGUGCGCCGGGCCCACCAUUGCCCUGGUUGGACGGCUGCAAGGUUGAAGGGAGCAGCGCCAUUGUAAACACUGAGAGAGGCACACAUUCACUUCCGGGGCACUGAGGAAUUUGACCCACCCGUGGAGAGUGCUGCCAUUCCACCCAAUUGCCUCCCCCCCACACACACUGGCUGGACCACCACAGCAGCACCAGGGGAAGGGGGCGCAUCUGAAGACCCCAGUGUGGACGGACAUUCAGUCGAUGUUUUUGAGCCUCAGUUUCUCCUGUUCUCCACCAGACUCUGUGAGAAUGAAACAAGACAAACAUGAGGGGCCCGGGACACAUGCUCAUUACCACCCCACCCCACCCCACCCCGCCCCAGUGGUUUACAAAGCAUGUUCCAGAGGCAAUGACAAAGAGCCGCGCGCGGGUUCAGGAGGCUGGCGUCCUGGGAAGGCCGAGUGUGGGGAAGGCUCCCGCCACUAGCACUUGUGAUUUAGGCAAGAGGGGCCCCCUUCCUGCUCCCCGUGUGCCCUGCCCACACCAUCGCUGAGCGAGGCGACUGCAGGCCAAGGGGACAUGCCAUUGGGGCUCACUUUCAGGCCAGCCUCUGGGUGCCCUUCACAGCCUGAGGAGAAGCCAGGGCUAAGACGUGCUGGGGGAAGGGGCAGCCACGGCCAAGGUGGAAGUCCGGGUGCUCUAAGAAGCUAGCUUAAGACAGAAUUAAACAGGCCGAGACUUUUAGAGGAGAUGCCUGUGGGAACGGGGAGAAGGAGGGAGCUGGUGCAAGCCAGGAGGACCCCACCCCCACCCCGCAGCGGAGCAGAGAAGCAGGACGGAGAGGAGGAAAAAUGGCUGCCGGGGUAUUCUCCAGGCGAAGCCAGUCAUCUGAGGAGGACCCCCACCCCCACCCUUUAGCAUCCUGGCUGCGCUCAUUGGGUGGCGGGAACUGCCCAUGGGAAGCUUGGCCCCAGACCACUGGCAAAGAUGGAUUUCUGAGCUCUGCUCCCUGGAGCAGGGGGUCUAGGAGUGGCAGAACAUUCUCCUUGUAGCCACAGCCACAGUCGGGGGCCCAGGGCCAGCUCUCUCCACUGUGCGCUCUGGUGCCUCUACGGACUUUCAUUCAAACUUGGCCUUCGAGGUGACUAUAAAACUGCAUUUUCAAGGGCAGCCAAUACAGCAUGUUUUACCCGCUG